ACCGAACACACAAACUUAGUGAAAAUAUUUGGAUAAUGUUUCCGCAUGACUCGGACCGAACUCUCGCGAGAGUUUCGUUCUGUUAUUAUUUCCGGCAAUGUGUGCAAAUGAUCGCUGAGCGUGUUUGCUGAGGUUUCAGCAUGGUGUUUUUUUUUCUUUUUGUCCCUCGUUCUUUGCUCUCAUGCACCUCGGAUAUUUGAACAAUUUUACAGUUGCGUUAUUUUUUGCAGUGUUCGUGAGACCGAGUCAGGUCGCAUGCGUUUGCUCGGUUUAGCUAGCCAGCAUUAGCAUUCCAUUCCAGUCAUCUUUAUGGAAAUGCAAAGCCUUGAGCUAUUUCCAGACACUGGACCUCAACCCCCAAACAUGAAGAGCCUCCAGCAAGUUGCCUCUCAUGGGAGAGCAUGAAGUGGAUUCUGAGCUGCUGCAAAAGUUGAAGGGGUCAGAGGUUCUUCGCCAAGUUGGAACAUGGAGAAGAUGUCCCGGGUCACCACGGCCCUGAGCAGCAGCGCCAUCAGCGGUCGAACCAUGUUCUGCCACUUGGACGCCCCCGCCAACGCCAUCAGCGUGUGCCGCGACGCCACGCAGGUGGUGGUGGCCGGCCGCAACAUCUUCAAGAUCUACGCGCUGGAGGAGGAGCAGUUUGUGGAGAAGCUGAACCUGCGCGUGGGCCGCAAGCCGUCGCUCAACCUCAGCUGCGCCGACGUCAUGUGGCACCAGAUGGAGGAGAACCUGCUGGCCACCGCCGCCACCAACGGCGCCGUGGUGACGUGGAACCUGGGCAAGCCGUCUCGCAACAAGCAGGACCAGCUGUUUACCGAGCACAAGCGGACGGUCAACAAGGUGUGCUUCCACCCCACCGAGGUCUACAUGCUGCUGAGCGGCUCCCAGGACGGCUUCAUGAAGUGCUUCGACCUGCGCAAGAAGGAGUCGGUUAGUACGUUCUCAGGUCAGUCGGAGAGUGUGCGGGACGUCCAGUUCAGCAUGAAGGAUUAUUUCACCUUCGCCGCUUCUUUUGAGAACGGCAACGUGCAGCUGUGGGACAUCCGACGGCCCGACCGCUACGAGCGAAUGUUCACCGCCCACACGGGCCCCGUCUUCUGCUGCGACUGGCAUCCCGACGACAGGGGCUGGUUGGCCACGGGGGGCAGGGACAAAAUGGUGAAGGUGUGGGACAUGACCACAAACCGGGCCAAAGAGAUCUACUGCGUGCAAACCAUCGCCUCGGUGGCGCGAGUCAAGUGGCGUCCGGAGCGCAAGUUCCACCUGGCCACCUGCUCCAUGAUGGUGGAUCACAACAUUUACGUGUGGGACGUGCGUCGGCCGUUCAUCCCCUUCGCCACCUUCGAGGAGCACAAGGACGUGACCACGGGCAUCGUGUGGCGCCACCAGCACGAGCCUCACUUCCUGCUCUCGGGCUCCAAGGACAGCACGCUUUACCAGCACAUGUUCAAGGACGCCACGCGGCCCGUGGACAAGGCCAACCCCGAGGGCCUUUGCUUCGGCCUGUUCGGCGACCUGGCCUUCGCCGCCAAGGAGAGUCUGAUCAGCGGCGACGCUAACAGGAAGCCUUACCCCGGCGGCGACCGCCGCUACCCCAUCUUCUUCUUCAAGAAGCCCGACCCCACCGAACAGUUUGCGCACGUGUCCAGCGCCCUCAGCGUCUUUGAGACCGACUUGGACAGCAAUCGCAUGGACUGGUUCGUUCGGACGGCGCAACUCUACCUCCUCGGCGGCAAGCCGUUCGCCGAGCUGUGCGAUCACAACGCCGAGGUGGCCCGCGAGCUCAAAAGGCCUCAGGUAUCCACAACCUGGACCAUGCUGAGAAUCAUGUUCUCCGACCCGGCAAACAUCGCCACGUCCGGUCCCAACCACCUCAGUAAACUCGGCACCUUACCGCUCAUGAACAGCUUCAAUCUGAAGGAGAUCGGAUCCGGCAUCGGGAAUGAGAGCAGGCUGGAGCGCAACAAAGGCGACAUCAGACAGGACAAUGUCCACUUGGAACCUGAAAACAUCAGCAAUAAUAAUGAAGAAAACGAGGAGACGGAGGGCAGCGAGGGCCAAGCCGAGUACAUGUUUGGUGACGCCGAGCUGGAUGACGACGAUCUUUAUUCAAUGGAACACGACAAUCAAACAGAGGAGCAGGAGUGCACGCUCCCCCAGGAAGCCUUCCAGCUGCGCCACGACAUCCUGGACAACCCGUCGGCCCCCGAGCACCUUCAGCAGGACAAGGCCGACUCGCCGCACGUCAGCGGCAACGAGGCCGAAGUCACGUGCCUGACGCCCAUCGAGUCCUUCUCGCUCAUCUCCAUCUCGCAGCCGCUCUUCACGCCCGACCUGCCCGCCAGCUUCUUCUGCCCCAUCGUGCGCGAGAUGCUCAGCUACUACGCCGAGAAGGGCGACGUGCAGAUGGCCGUGUCCGCGCUCAUCGUCUUGGGGGAGCGCAUCCGCAAAGAGAUCGAUGACCUGACGCAGGAGCACUGGUACACGUCCUACAUCGACCUGCUGCAGCGCUUCGAGUUGUGGAACGUGUCCAACGAGGUGAUCAAGCUGAGCACGUGCGGCGCCAUCACCUGCCUGAAUCAGACCUCCACCACGCUGCACAUCAACUGCAGCAACUGCAAGCGGCCCAUGAACAGCAGGGGCUGGAUUUGCGACAGGUGCCACCAGUGUGCCAGCGUGUGCGCGGUGUGCCACCACGUGGUCAAGGGUCUCUUCGUGUGGUGUCAGGGCUGCAGUCACGGCGGCCACCUGGAGCACAUCAUCAACUGGCUCAAGAGCAGCCCGCACUGCCCGGCGGGAUGCGGACAUUUGUGUGAGUACACCUGAGCUCGCCGCGGACGGGGCCGGCGAACACGCGCGCGCAAACGAAUAACGACCUCACCCUUCCUCGACUCGAGGCUUUGCUCACUUGGCGGCGCUGGCUGCCUUUCACCUUAAGACUGAAGCAACAAUCAAAACGGAAUCACACUUGUACUUGAAUGUGCGGAUUUGUAAAGAAAACACAUGUGAUUGAAGAAGAGUUUUUUCCAGACAACUGUACAUUUGACAUCCAGGUUUUUUUUUUUUUUCAAAGUCCCUUUGUGUGUGAGCAGAGCACAAUCAACACACGAUGCCGUCGGAAAUUGCGUCUUUCUAUGCAACUAAGCAAUACACAUUGAAUGGAAAACUG